GAAUCACAGAUGUGUUCGUACGUCGUUAGAUCAGUGGAGGGGAGAACCUUUUAUAUACGCGUGUUUCCGCCUGUGUUAUCAGAUAGCAUCUCAGUUUUGUUAUUUCAUUUUCAAACUCCAGGUGCCAUUUAGAAUUUUAUAAGUUGUCAGCUUCAGUGUGAGUUACAAUUUAUUAUAAUUCAUCAAUAAUUGUCAGCAUCCAGUGAGGUCUACAAUUAUUGCUUGAAAAUGGCUGUCAGUCAAGUUCGUCAAAAUUUCCACAACGACUGUGAAGGCGGUAUCAACAAACAAAUCAAUUUGGAACUGUACGCAAGCUAUGUCUACCUGUCCAUGUCCUAUCACUUUGACCGCGACGAUGUCGCCCUGCCAGGCUUGGCUCAUUUCUUCAAGAAAAACUCCGACGAAGAACGGGAACAUGCAUCGAAACUGAUGACCUACCUGAACAAGCGUGGCGGACGCAUCAACUUGAUUGACGUCAGAGCACCCCCGCGCCAGGAGUGGGGCACUGCAGAGGAGGCUAUGUCUGCUGCCUUACAACUGGAAAAGGAUGUCAAUCAAAGUCUGCUGCAUCUGCACGAAGUGGCAACAGUGCACAACGACGCCAAUCUCACUGACUUUUUGGAAUCUGAGUAUCUGCAAGAGCAAGUCGACGCCAUUAAGGAGAUCGGCGACCUCUUGACCAACAUUCGUCGCGUCGGCGAGGGUCUCGGCAUCUUUGUUUUCGAUAAGGAACUCAAGGAGCGCUCUUAAUAUUUUCCAUAUCAAGUACUUAGUCAAGAAGUUAACUUUGUAAUAUUCAACUUCAUUAGUAAAUGAUUAUAUUCAUCAUUAUGUUGACUAACUGGGAUUUUAUGACUUUAUGUUUCAUCAGUAUUAAAGUGAGAGAAUAACCCUGCUGACAAUGUGCACAUUUGAAACAAAGUCCUCAACUUUUCUCAAUUAGAAUAGUUUCUAGUACUCCUUGAAAGAGCUCAGGCAUUUAUAAAAAUAAAGUAAAGAGUUACAUGAUUCAAUGUUUAAAUAUCAAACUCAGCGAGGAAACUUGUUAUGAAAAUUUAAAUAUUACCAUUAUUUCCAUGCAGAAACAAUUAUGUAAGACUCGCUCUUAAAUUGUUAUAAUUACUCUAAGAUUCAAUGAGCACGUCUCUAUUUUCCAACUAAGCUCAUAAAAAUUGUGUUGAUGGCUUAAGUUUUUCAAAACUGUACCUUCGAGAAGAUUGUAAAUAAUCUUGGUUUAUAGUCAAGUAAUGAAAUUAGUUUUUGUUUAAUUGUGACAAUGUCGUCGAUAACAUGAAAUUGAAUGGUCAUGGUAGAUGUGUUUUAUAUUUUUCUAAAUCAUGGUCAACAUUCAACAUUACAAUUAUUUUGUUCUAUUGAUGAAACUAUUGAUUUAUUUCUUUGUGUUAAGUAUUAUAUUUCAAGUCUAACUGCAACUGUCUGUGAUUCAUAUUAAUUUUCAUUGGUUCUUUUAUCUGAGCAUAUAUUAUUUCUAAGCAUUCUCACAAGCAAAUUAUUGUAACUUGGUAUUGUUUUCAAAGUAAAUUGAUGAAACAUUU